AUGCCCAUACAAUACCAUGCCGUCGAAAUUCCCCGAGAUACCGGGUGGUGGCUCCCUGAUACUCGCAUGGCAGAUCAAGAGCAAGGAAGUGUUGGUCAUCGGCGGUGGCGAAUUGACCUGGUUGCGGCCGGCCGUAUUGUCAACCUUCUCAAUGCUGAUGCCAAAGUGACUGUUGUUUGCCCUCGUGAGGGCCUUAAUGAAGAGGUGGCAUACCGAGUCGACCAGGGCCAGGUCAAGCAUGUUGACCGAAUCUUUCUUCCCAUCGAUCUCGAGCCUGAGAAGAAUGUUGCCAUGGUUCUGACUGCCAUCGACGACCCAGACGCAUCCACUCGGAUAUGGAAGUACUGCAAGAAAUUGAAGGUGCCUGCCAACAUCGCCGAUGUUCCGCCCGAAUGCGAUUUCUACUUUGGUAGUGUUCACCGGGAUGGCCCUCUACAAAUCAUGGUGUCCACAAACGGCAACGGACCCCGAAUGGCGGCAGCCAUCCGACGACAGAUAGGCGAAAUGCUUCCCAGAGGAACUGGAGAGAGUAUCCAAAAGGUGGGUCAGCUCCGAAGAAAACUACGGAAAAUCGCACCUGGGAAAGAUACACGAGACAUCAGCAAGAGAAUGGAAUGGAUGAGCGAAGUAUGUGACAAAUGGAACACGGAAGAUUUCAAUGCCAUGGACGAGGCGGACAUGGAAGCACUGGUACAAUGUUAUGAUUCAGGGAAAGUGCCCAGUUUCGAAGAGAUCCGACUUGGAUAUCGAGAAGAUGUCGUGUGGGAGUUUGACGGAUCGUUUGGAUGGAUGUAA